UUCUUCUGUUUUCUCAAAGCCAUAUUCCUUUAAGAUGAUGUAAUAGUCAUUUCCCUGGAUGGUUUCUUCCCUGCACUGCUGAAACAACAGCAUCUGAACUGCACUGGGAACUGUGGAACCACCCAGCUCAGCAGCGAGAGCAGCAGCUCGGGCAGCAAGAGCAGACCAAGCAGCUACCCUGGGCAUCCUUUCAGACGGCUGCAGGCUUGUCUUCUCUUACCCUUGCUGGGAACAUGGGAGCUUCUUUGCCCUUCCUGCCAGGCAGGAUACCACUUUGGGAACCCACUGAAAUAUGCCAGUUCUUUUCUCAGAUUCUGGGGUUUUUGCAAGUCAUCUAAACCAAGGUCCUUUCUGAAACUCUCUUUCUUUUAAGGAUCCUGAUUGGGAUUUGUUUUGUUUUUUUCCAUCUCAGAUAUUGCUAUAUAGAUUGGUUUUUCAUCGUUACCCAUCCCGGUUAACUUUCCUGUGACUCAGUUUAACUCUUGAGAUCUACAUGGAUGGCUAUUCUUAAGAGCACUUUUCUUACCUUUUCUGUCCCUUUCUGGGGUUGGAUUUGAUAUUAACUGGACUCUGUGUAAGCCUGUGUGUGUUCUGAUUGCUCUGAAAAUUUUCUUUCCUUCACAAGAACUAUACAUUAACUGUAACCAAGACCUGUGAAUAAUCGUAGGCUGGGCUUGAUCUUGAUUUUUGGGACUUUGUUGGAAGAUCCAAUUGCAUUUCAUGAAGUUAUUGCUCUCCAUCCAUUGUUUAGGUUUUAAGCUCUUUGCCAGCUUCCGUGACAUAGUCACUUCUGGACAAUUCUGAUUUUUUUAACAAACUAACUUUUUGUCCCCCCCUCAUUUCUUAAAUAUUAUGAGUCCUUUUGGGGGUCUGGUGGAGGAGCCUCAUUCUACUCUUUGAUGUGAUUGAUAGUCCUGCCAUUCCGUGUGGCUGAUUUUUGUUUUAAAAUACAAUGGCUUUGAGUGGAAACUGCAGGACUUACCUCCCUCCUAGAGAACAAGGGGCUGGUCUACAUGCCUUCCCAGAGGUGGUGGAGCUAAACGUAGGUGGUCAAGUAUACUUCACUCGCCAUUCCACCUUGGUGGGCAUCCCCCACUCCUUGCUGUGGAAAAUGUUCACCCCCAAGAGAGACACAGCCAGUGAUCUAGCUAAGGACUCCAAGGGAAGGUUCUUCAUUGAUAGAGAUGGUUUCCUCUUCCGCUACAUUCUGGACUAUCUCAGGGACAAGCAAGUGGUCCUGCCUGAUCACUUCCCAGAAAAGGGAAGGCUCAAAAGGGAAGCUGAAUAUUUUCAGCUCCCAGACUUGGUCAAACUCCUAACUCCUGAUGAUGUCAAGCAAAGCCCCGAUGACUAUUGCCACAGCGACUACGAGGAGGUCUCCCAAGGCAGUGACACAAGAAUAUGCCCCCCAUCAUCACUCUUACCUUCAGAUCGAAAAUGGGGUUUCAUUACUAUUGGGUACAGGGGGUCGUGCACCAUGGGCAGAGAGAGCCAAGCUGAUGCCAAGUUCAGGAGAGUCCCGAGGAUUUUGGUUUGUGGAAGGAUUGCUCUAGUCAAAGAGGUCUUUGGAGAAAGUUUGAAUGAGAGUAGAGACCCAGAUAGGGCACCGGAAAGAUACACCUCCAGGUUCUAUCUCAAGUUCAAGCACCUGGAGAGGGCUUUUGACAUGUUGUCAGAAUGUGGAUUCCACAUGGUGGCCUGCAAUUCCUCAGUGACGGCUUCUUUUGUCAAUCAGUACACAGAUGAUAAAGUCUGGUCCAGCUACACUGAAUAUGUCUUCUACCGUGAGCCUUCAAGGUGGUCUUCAUCCCAUUGUGACUGCUGCUGCAAAAAUGGCAAAGGAGAUAAAGAGGGGGAAAGUGGCACAUCUUGCAAUGAACUAUCCACUUCCAGCUGUGACAGCCAAUCAGAAGCCAGCUCCCCACAAGAGACUGUCAUCUGUGGCCCGGUCACCCGCCAGCCCAACAUACAGACUCUAGAUCGACCAAUCAAGAAGGGCCCAGUACAGCUACUUCAGCAGUCUGAAAUCCGAAGAAAAAGUGACCUGCUCCGAACUCUAACGUCUGGCUCCAGGGAAUCCAACUCUAGCAAAAAAAAAGCAGUGAAAGAAAAGCUCUCUAUUGAGGAAGAGUUAGAAAAAUGCAUCCAGGAUUUCCUUAAAAUCAAAAUCCCAGACAGGUUUCCAGAAAGGAAACACCCCUGGCAAUCCGAACUGCUACGAAAGUAUCAUCUAUAAGAGCGGGGCGGGGCAGUGGGGAAAUAACCUUAUUACAAUUUACAGAUCAAGAUCCUUAAUGAUACGGAAAUAAAAGGAAUAAUAACAAUUUGUUAGGUCACAAAAAAAAAUCCAUCUUGAUAGUACUGCCUAAUUUGCCUAUUUCACCUUAACAUUUAUAGUCACAGGGUAAUGAUAUUUUUCAAGUUGUGGAAGCACAAUGAAAAAUGCUUUUGUUUGUAAGCUCCUAGUCUUACGCAAGCUGAAUACUUUAUACACGAAAGGCACAACAACAUCACCAACUAAAGAAACCCACACACAGAUGCACCUGGUGCCGGUGGAGAAAGUCCUACACAUGAUCAGGCAGUGGCUGUGGGGGGUUCCGCAAACUACAUGCCUUUUGAGUUCUCCUUUUAAUUCCUUUAUUUGGAGGAGUCAGGGCAGGGCAGAUGUACAUGAUUUAAAGGAACAAGCUAUGUCGUGCCAGUUUACAUGAAGGAUGUGUAUAUAUAUACGUAUAUAUACACAUGAAUAUACAUAUACAUGUGUGUAUAUUUAUAUUGCCUAACAAAUUUUUCUGGUUCUCUCCUUAUAACUGCACUUUCUCAACAACAACAAAAAAAGCAAUUGUUAGCACUCUGUGUGCUCCAUUUCCCCUCUAGCUUUAUGAGGUGUGAAUAGUAGAAGACUGUCUCUCUCCAUCUGUUAUUUUUGGGGGCGAGGGGAGGUUGGAAGCGGAGCACUGUAAAAGUGCUUGUGUCUGUUGCAACUGUGGGCAAAAUAUUCUAUGAGUUUUUGAUAACAAUAUAUAUUUUAAUCUUUGUUCCAACACUUCUUCCCCAAAGCUUCCGGAUGACAAAGGGUUUAUUAUGGAAUGAUUCCAAUUGGAAAGGGGAUCCAUUGAUGGCGGGUCAAGUCGCUGAGUCGGUGAGCUCAGCUGAUUUAUGUAAGCCUGCCAGACCCUGCUGCCAAAGAGUCUUUGGCCCAAAUAAAUGAGGAGAGCAGCCUCCCGUUCCCAUCCAACGCAGAUGCAAUUAUAAGAAAUUAUAAACCUAAUAAGAUGCAUUUUGUGCUCUGACUGGCAGGAAAUUGAUUGUUAAAAUGGCAGGCACCACGCCAUUCCAGCUAGAUACAUUUCAAAAGGAAAUUAAAAAUUGAAUAGAAACCAAACACACUCUGUAAUGGAAACUGCCUUAUCAGCAUCCUUUCUGUAGUCUGUAGGAUAAUCCGGUGGGUGGCAGGCUUAAUUUAGUACCAUGUGUUACCCAUAAUGUAUAAUAAACGGGAAAAUAUCAGCAAGCUCAGUUUGAUGGGACUGCGGGGAGGAAGGGAGGCCGCACGCAGGCACAGCAGUACAAGAACCUACUGAGCCCAGGCAACAACAACAAAAAAGCACAGUCCUUCCGUGACAGGUUCGCCUAGCUAACUGCAUCUUAGUUGUCAUUCCGAAGCUAAUUCUUUAGGCAGACCAGUAAGAACCUGAUGUCCCUCAACAGUCCAGUGGGAGCCAAAGGUCCCAUGGAUGGGAUUUGAAAAGUUAAGAGUCGGGUACUGAAGGGGAGUCCCAGGUACAGACUGCAUCUGGUGGGAUGAAAUUGGUGUCUGAACAGUCUGUAAAGCAGUUACCUAGAGAUGCAUUGCAUCAAUGGGUCCACAUGGGCCUUCCACUGGCUGCAGAUGGAAGCUGGUUAGCUGGGGAGUUUGGCACAUGUCUCAAGACAUAAAGUGAGAGACACAGAAACUAAUAAAGACGAUAGCUUUAAAAGCGGUGAUAUUGCCUUGUUUAGCAUCAGUAACAUUUCUAAAGCCUCAGUUUCACUAUCUAGCAUUCCCAAUUCACAAUGCUACAAGGGAGAUGACUUCAAGUGUGCAUAGAAUAGAGGUACAUUUGGAUUGAACAUAGUAUACUUGAGUAGGUCUGAGUCCCAGUCUCCUUGCCUGCAGGUGCAAUUUUCUCCCACAUAAUAUGCUCUUAUAUAUAUAUUUUUUGCACCUGCAAAAUGAACUGUGGGGGCAAAGCUGCAUAAUCAGGUAGGUAAAGGUACUAUCAUUCAGAUUUGUGCCUACCAUUGAACUGCAAGUGCCAUGCAGGCACAGGUUUUGUGAGUGCUAAUUGCACAUGCAAACGGGAAGUGACAUGUCUCAAACUAUUGCAAAAUGUGAGAUGCUUGUGGACAGAGCUGAGCAUGAACCAAAUCCCCAGAUCGAAACACCCUCAAAUUACUGGGAUAUGAGAUCUGGAUUUUGUAGCUUGGAGUCAUCUCUAGUUAAGGUUUGCAAGUUUACCAAGAUGUUUUACAUGAGAGAGGGAUGCUAGUUCUAGUGAUUCCUAAUUAUUGUCACGUGUAGAGUAAAUAUAGUAAGCAAAAGCCUGACCUGAGAAGUGCUGAGCUAAAUUGGACAGCUCCGCACUACUCAGGAUCAGGCACUAAACUAAUUCAGUUGUUAAAACACAUGUUCACACUCAAACACAUGCAUUUCAGAUGCACACCUACCCAUAUUCACAUGCCUGUGCACACAUAUUCACAUGCACCUUUGCACAUCCAUGUGCUUGCACACAUACAUCCCUCUGCUUGCCACAGAUUUGCUUUUCCUCUUUUUAAAAACAAUUGUCUUUCUUGUACAUUCACUCGUCCCUAUUUACAGCUGCUGUACUGGAAUCACUCUUGAGAGCACUGUGUUAAAAAGUUUGCCUGCAACUUCCCUUGUGUGAGUCGAUGCAAAGCAAGAACACUAGGCUGGCUUCCAAGACAUACGGAUUGGCUUAAAUGGUGCUUUUUCUCUUGCUUGUUAUGUCCACACCAGAGAGCAGCUCCGUUGUCUCUGACACUUUAAGACUUGGAAACUGUGAUUUUUCUAUUUUGACCCAGUCAGUAUCAUCAGCCAGACAUGCCAAAUCGGAAAGUGAGCCUUUUCCUUUUUGCAAGGUUUUGAUACCAUCAGGCAUUAUGCAGAAUCCUCCUCCACUAUCAGUUCUGCUCUCUGCGAGUCACAAGGAAGAAGUCUAACAUUAAUUCAUUGCAUUAGCAAAUUAGGGAGAAAAAUGAGCAGAGGGUUGACUCUCGCUCUCGCUUCAGCAGGAAUUCGAGAUUUCCAUACACAACAUAGACCAAUUGUCUACUUCGAUAACUCAGAAUGGCUAGAACCUGACAUCCUCAGCUUCAGAGUUUCACUUUUUCUUUUUCUUUUUAAUCUCCAAAACAUUGUAUUACACAAUAUGAAGGACAGAGAGAGGGAGAGUGUACCCUGUUUUUCUUUCUUUCUCUCAGAGUUUGAAUGGACUUGACUCAAUUUGCACAGGACUGUACAAUGAUUAAUACCUGCAGGAAAAAUUAGACCAAAUGAAAUGCACCAGAAUGGGUUUGAUUCAUGUGGCCUUCAUAUUCCCCGUUUUAGAUGAAAUGGCACCACUACUGAAAUAAGAGUCUUGAACUUUAAUAAUCACUAGCCGCAAAGCUUAUAUGUAUAUUCUGCUUUGUUACUGUGGGUACUUAUAUAGUGUAUCCAUUCCUAGGACCAAAUUUAUCCCAGGUUUAACUCCAUUGACAAUGGUGAAGUUCCAUCAGAGAUAGCUUUGUGCCCUGGUGAUUUCAGCUCUCCAUUUCAGGUCAUGCUCCUCAUUAUUUCAAUUGCUCCACUUGUGUAACAUCAGUAUAGACUUCCUGGGCCUGAUUCUAAGGGUGUUUACUGUUAAAGCUGCAGGGGUGAAUCCCAGCUUGUGUAGACGUAGUCAUGCUAGCUCUCUCCGAGCUAGCAUGCUAAAAAUGCUCCUUGCUUAACGUAGGAACUUCUGUUCCUGAAAAAUGCAACUUUAAAUGAAAUGAUGUUAAGUGAAUCCAAUUUCCCCAUACGAAUUAAUGUAAAUAGGGGGAGUUAGGUUCCAGGGAAAUUUUUUUUGCCAGACAAAAGACAUUAUAUACAUAUACAGUAUAAGUUUUAAAUAAUUGUAAACAAACAAUUUAAUACCGUACUCACCAAUGAUGAUUGUGAAGCUUGGUUGAGGCAGAGCAUAGCGGGGUCGGGACACGGGGGCUUGCCCCAUUCCGUCUGACCAGCACUCCUGCCGGGGAGCGAGGUCGGGGGCUUGCCUGCUCCCCAGUUGGAAUGCCAGGUGGGUGGAGCGGGACAAGCCUCCACGCCCUGACCCCAUUCCAUGGCAGGAGCUGUGGGCGGAGCAGGGGAGCCAAACAACCUUAUAAUGGAACAUUGCACAACUUUAAACAAGUAUGUUCUAUAAUAGAUCAGCAACCUAAUAACGCAACAACGUUAACUGGGGCGACUUUAAGUGAGGAGUUACUGUAUGUAGUCCCGGUAGCAUGGACUGCGGUGAGUGGUGGGAGAGGCUAGUUAGCCUGAGGACAAACCCCAUGAGUCUGUACUCUGGUGGUGAGCCCGGCUGCUGCGGUGACACUAUUAUAUUUAAUGUGCUAGUUCAAUCAGAGUAAGCUGGGAAUUGCACCCCCAGCUCCAUGUGUAGGCAUAACUUUGCACGGCUUUGGCAAUGUAAAGUCACCCACUUUGAGAUUGGUUUGCAGUGCUGGAUUGGUGUACGAAGCCUUAGUGAAAAUGAGAAUCUGGCUCCUCAGUGAAAUGCUUUUUGUCCAUAAGAGUCUUAGGUAAAUUCUUCUGUUUGGGGUACGUGCAGCCUUGGGAAGGAGCUUGGACAGCUCUGCAUGGGAAGUAUCCUAAAUACAGCCCAGAGAGGACUCAACUCAAACUUGUCCCCGUUGCUGCCUGUAUGUAUCAAAGAGUUUUCCCAAUCCCUUCCUAGCCUCAGAGCUAGAAAGCUGAUGUGGAACUCACAGCUCCCGCAUGGCAGCGUAAGUGCUGUACCGCUGUGCAGAAACAAAUGCAUAAGUUCCAGUUUUUUACAGCCUGUUACUCAAUGCAAGCGGAACCCUAGACAUAGCAAUCCUCUAAAAUUAGGCACUUAUUCAAAAAGACAAACCGUUCUGCUGGGAAUAUCAGCUUCAGAAAGGAGAGUAAGAAAUAGCAUGCACUGACUGGGUUCUGUGGCAAAAUGGCCAGAUAGGAAGGGACACUGGACUAUAUUUUCCCCUUAAAGAUGUUCCCUCUAGGUUAUUGUUAAUUAUGGCUGGGACUUAAGGAACUUAGGUGCCAACUUUCAAUAGAUGAUGAGUGCCUAACUCCCUUAGGCCCUUUUAAAAAACCGAGUCUUAUAUCGUCACUUGUUUGCAGGAGCACCCAUAAUGUGAUGAGUGCUGUGCUAAUGACGGAGGGCACAGUCCCUGCCCUGACAGGCCUGCAAUGUGAGACAAGCAGACGAAUAGACGAACUGCAAGGGGAACAUGUACAAUGUAAAAGUGCAGUGCUCAGUGGGAUGAUGGGCCAGUAGGAUAGUAGGGAGUGUUCAGUGAUAUGGGGUGUAAUAGGCAUAUAAACUAUCCCCCCAUGUUAUCCUCAUUCUUGCUGUUUGUACUGGGUUAAUUUCUUGUAGGUGCAUGGGAAUCUGAGGGAGGAAUUUGGCCUCUCUGGGGGUUUGAUUAUCAGAGGCCCUUUUGCUUGUCUGCUCAGGCUCUGGGUGGUGCACAAGAAGCCAGACCCCAAUUUGCAUAGCUAUGCAAGAAUUUCCCACAUAGUAGGCCCUGUGCACCCUAUGCUUUGUAGAAUGAAGGGGCUGUUUGCUCAUGCUUUCUGCUCAGGAAACGGGAUGUCAAAAAGGGGUGGGAUGUCGGCUGUCCUCCCUCUCCCCCCAUUAGCUGCAGGCUGGUGCACCAGGGAAAUUGUUCCCACCCACACUCCUCCUUCCUCCCUCCCUGGGUUCCCCUCCAGUGCACGCAGAAAAGCUGCAGAGAGAUUUGCCUGUCUGUCUGGUGCUUCUGGUGUGGAGUGGGGCUGUCCUACCCACUACUGUCUGAAGAAUAAAGCCACAAUCAAGCCUUAAUUGUCAGUGGUAUUGGUGGAGGGGUUGAUAUGUGCGAAGCUUCUGCCUCUGAUGUGCACAUUCCGUGGAGAGAGGACUUUGGACUCUAGAAGUGUCACUCUGGCACCUUUCAUUAACACUAAAGUAGAAGAAAUGGUGGGAAAUUACAUACCCCCAAAUUAGGAGCUGUCGUGGGCAUUGUCCAGACAGGGUAAUUUUUCUGUUACUCAAUGUGACAGUGGUAGUCACAAUUCUUACAUUAGGAUAUCAACUCUCUUCACUGUACAGACUCUUUUUUUCUUGUCAGCCUGAUCUCAGUGCUGGCCUUUUCAUUCAUUUACAUGCAGCAAUGGUUUAGAACUGAGCAGCGGGUCCUUUACCCAGCCCCGUAAUAAACACAAGCAGCUGACAGUACAGAGAGAUGUAACGAGGGGCUGAUUUUUUUUCUUCUCGGAGAACUGUGAUAUAUAAACUUGAUCAGUGUGUAUGUGUGUGUGUGUGUACGCACGCACACACACAGCACUUUAUGGAGUUGUUUGUUCUCGUAGAUUUAUAGGGCACAGGACCACUCAUAGCGCUCUGUUAGAAGAUGCAGGAGUAAUUCCUGCAGAAGGCGAGUAGCAAAAUUGUACCUGUCGCAGCUGUCAGAACUAUAAUGGAAGUGAAAUGUUAUCCUUACUCAAAAUGUAAGGUUUCAGAGUAGCAGCGUGUUAGUCUGUAUCCGCAAAAAGAACAGGAGUACUUGUGGCACCUUAGAGACUAACAAAUUUGUAAGGUGCCACAAGUACUCCUGUUCUUUUUUCAAAAUGUAAGGAUCCUUUUCAUUUCACAUGGGCCUUUCAAGCAUUUCCCCCUGGCUCUACUAAAUGAGGUAGCAAACAAUUGUCAGGGCUGUAGUCCUAUCUAUCCUUAUGGAUGUGAAUGAGAAAACUGAAAGAGGGAAGAAGAAAUGAUAGCAGAAGAAGAAAGGUAAAAAACUCGCAGAGGAUUGAUUUACACUGGUGCAAAGAACCUAUCCUUUCCUCUAGAAAUAAGCCUGCCAAAUGGCAAAAGUCUUAUUGACUUCAGCAGCAGCAAUAUUGUCCCUACAAGCUUAGCCAAUUGGGCUUAAGAAAUUAGCCUAUUUUGGAAACAAUUAUUAGGAGCUAAAUUGUGCCCUCAUAUACCCAUGUACAACUCCCAUUGAUGUCAAUAGAAGCUUUAUGUGCAUACCCGAGGGGAGGAGUCGACCGUCAGCUAUUUCAAUUUCAUUCUUAAAAAGAACUGAUUCUGUAAUGCAUCCCCGGGUUGGUUGUGCACCUUUGACCUGGGAAUUUGCCUUUGCAACAGAAUUUUCUUCCAUUGUGAAUGUGGAAAUCACCAGGCAAUUCCCUUACAAAGUCACUUGUUUAAAAUUUGCCAACAGUACAUUCCUUUCUUCCUUAGUAAAAAAAAAUGUUUCUGGUUAGAACAAAGGAUCAGACGCCAGAUACUGAUAGCAAAAACAAAGCAUUCUGUAUUUGCAACUUAAGGUAACAUAUCAGCUGCUUACAAAUGUAUGAAUAUAGUUGCAAGAGGCAAAAGGUCCAAUCCAACUCCUGUUAAAAUCACUGGCAAAAAACUGCCAGUGAUUUUUAAUGGCAGCAGGUUUCAACUUGGAAGUAAAAUACAGUGGAAAAUACUUAUUAGGUAAGGGCUAAGCUUGGUAAAUUCCAUUUGAUUAAGCAUGCUAACUUUAGGAUUCUUAUACAUACAGGUUUGGUCUAGAAAUAGAACCAGAUAUGGUGUGAGACUCGCCUUUCUAGUAAUAUUUCCAUUACUUUUUUGCUUUAGUGAGAAAUACCAGAAAAUUAUGCUUUUUUUUGUUUUUUUGUUUUGUUUUGCUAUUUCUGUUUCUGGUAGAUGCCAGGUAAUACAGAGAGUGUGAAAAUGAAAUUGAAAUAACAAAACUCUAAAGAUAAUAUUUUGAGCUCUAAAAAUGUUUAUUGGGCUUGAGUUUGGAUUGAGAAUUUGGGUUCAGUCAUUUUUAUUUUAUUUUUAUUCAGACAUAUAUGCCCACUGUUAGACUAUGUGUGGUCAGUUAUAUCAUGGACAUGAAGUCAAAUUGCAAUGCAAUUACGUUUCUGAAAUAUCUGGGGAACAAACUGGAUAUUUGAGUUAUUUUCCACACAUAAUAAGGGCCAAAUCCAAGUUCCUUUGAAGUCCAUUUCAAAACUUCCAUUGAGUUCAUUGGGACCAGAAUAUCAAAUAAAACUUCUAUUAGUAAUAAAAAUAUGUGUGUCUGAGAGUGAGUGAGAGGAAAGCUGAUAACCUUUAAUGUGGCACAAAUCCACCUGUAUUGCGUGGUGAACAGGCCUUAUUACUUCUGUGAAGGCAUUGCAAAACCAGUCUUUGGUUAACUUGUUCCCUUUUGUGAUCUUUUAGGUACAGUUGAUGAUUUGCUUAAGACAUAGUUUAAAAAGUUCUAUUGUAAAUAGCACAAGUGCACCUUGGAGUGAAUGUAUUCUGAAUACAUUAUGCAGCUGCCAUCAGCUACCUUUCACAACCAUGAUGGUGUGUUGUACCCCUGUGGUAUGGGAGCCAUCCAAUGAUAAAUUUGCCACUGGUGUAAGUAGGUGCAACUCUGUGGGCUUCCGUGGAUUUGUGUUCUCUUCCUCAAGAAGUGGAUUUGACUUGCAGGUUCUAAGGUGGCCAUCUGAAAAAAUAAUCUUGUCGCUUCUGAAGGGGUUUCAUUUUCAUAAAUAUAAACACAGAGAUAUACCUCUAGAUAAGCUAAGUAGAACUCAAAGCAUAAAAGGGAGAGGAAAGAAGAGCACACAAAUCUCCAUAAGCCCAGGUAUUUUUUUCCUAGGUUAUCUGUAAGUGCAGUACUUCCCAAUGUUGUGUAAAUGAUUCAUAGCAGUGUGACAGUGGAGGGAAGGUUUUGUACUUUCAUUCAAGUUCUGAUGGGUCCAUUUGGUCUUUUUCUUCGCAAAGAAUUGUGCUGAAGUAGAAAAUGAAAGCAAGUCUGAUCGCUAUUGGCAAUGACCAGAAUUUAACCAGGUGAUCCCCCCCACUCAUCCCACCACUUCUUUGCCCUAAAAACCAUAAGAAGGUAGUCCCAUUUUUACCCUUCCAUACACCCCAUUUAAUCAGUUGUGUGUAUGCAUGUAGACUUUACUUUACAAAUACCUUAUGUAUAAGGCCCCAUGUAAAUCAUGGUACAAAACAUUGCCAGGUAUCGUGGAUUGUUCAUGCCCAAAGGGGUUUUGUAUGUGGAGUAUUGGAAAGGGACAAGAAAGCACUGUUCAAAUCAUUAAAGACAUACUUUAUGUUUCUUGGCAUUGAUAUUGCUAAUCGGCUUAUGAUUAUGACGUUGUGAAUUUGAAUCUAUGGCAAGGAACAAAUAAAAAGGAAGUGGUCUUUAGAACAGAAACAGAACUCCUAUUGAUGUCAAUGGGUGUAUCAUCAGGCCCAAUUGCUUUAAUGGGCAAAAUUACUUGUCUCAGCUCCACUAGAAAUCUCUGCUCUGGUUCACACUUGGCUCUCUCAUUGACAUCAUCAAUGGGAGCGUCUCAUAUGCAGAGAAACCGGAGUAUAGGAGGGAAUGUUAGAAGAGGAUUUUGGCCUUUUGUCAGCAGUUGGUACUGAGCUAUCCAAAAAUAUUACUCAACUCUUUAGAUUUCAUAUAGACACACAACCGUAGAGGAGUAAAUGCAUCUAAUGCAAUAUUUCCACAGCAAACAUAGGAUUUUGUGUUUCUUUUGUGACUUCUGUGAUAUUGUGAUCUAUACGGGGCCUUGCUCAUGUUACUUUUUCUGACCUCAUACAAGCACUUAAUGACUUUGCCAGGCCUGAGUCACUCUGUUGCACAUUGAUGUAUAUCAAGUGGCACCCACUGAAUUACCUCUUCUACUUUCCAAUGUGGUUCACUUGUACAUAAGUGUAAUGUCAACUUGUUUACAGGUUAUUUUGUGCGUAAUUGUAAAAAAAAGCCGUUUUAACUAAAAGUUUAAAGGAAUCAACUUUACUGGAAGGUGUUUAAAAAAAUGAAUGUGCUUAAUACAGUAUAGACAUCAUUGAUUAUGGUCUCACAUGAAUGCAUGUAUCUCCAUGUUGUCAGUCCCCACCAGUGAGGUUAUUUGGCAAUAUUCUGCAGUCUGUGAAUAGCAAAUAUACAUAAACUACUGUGACUCUAGCAAAUAUAACUCAGUAACUGUUUUUACUGUGGUAUGUAAAACAUGUAGCUUUUAGCCUGCUGUAUUUCCCUGUUAAAAAUAAAAUCCUGAAAGAAAGAGAUGCUUGAGGGGAGAUACCUGUGAUCUGAGAGUAGUCAUUCUUGGAAUGGCAUCUGUUGGCCAUAUCUGGUCCAACUACCAGACAAACUGCCUAUUUGCAGAAGCAGUGGGUCUUCAAUGGUAGAUAUAACUGUAGCUAUUAUCAUUCUGCCUUAGCUGCACUUCUGGCAGAGAAACAUGCUGUUUUGUUUAGAAUCACUAGCAAUGAAGAGAGCAAUUAGAUAUUAAUAGCGUCCAUAUACUGCUUUAGGCGUUAUACAGUAGUCUAGCAAAAACAUACAGCUAUCAGUAUUGUGAAAUUGUGUGGCUGCAAAUCUGCUACUCUUUUGUGUCUCACCAUUUAAAAAAAUCAUUUCAUAUACAUUGUAAUGGGACUAAUCAUAAUAAAUCAUUUGGUAUCA